AUGGCUCAGGCACCGCCACCGCCACCUACACUCGUCGCUCAUGCACAACGCAAUCUCCCGACGACGACAUCCAUCACCCCCUGUGCAUGCUGCCCUACACGCGACUUGCUCGCCUUGCUCAGCUCCACCUCCGCCUCCACAUCCACGAACGACGCCUCAACCUCGACCUCCAACUCCGGAAAAGGCAAACUCAGCCUGUACCGGACGACAGGCCAGAUCGAUCAUGUGUGGGACUUUGCGCCUUCGCCAUCUCCAUCGACUGUGGCUGCGGCCGUUGCACCGACAGCUCCGGUGAGCAAGUUCGCGGCGUUUGGAACGGCCAAGGCGAAAGCCAAAGCGGUCCAAGUCGGCGUCGAUGCGAUCGCUUGGAGUCCAGAUGGUGAGAAUCAGAUGCGGUCGGUGACCCGUUUCGAGCAGCGCUGAUCAGCUACCCUCCCGCGGCGAUGGAACAGGGCACCACCUCGCCGUGCUCAGUUCUUCCUCUCCCCCACCAGGGACGACCCUCUCCAACCUCGAGAUAGUUGCUCUCCACCAACCCAUCCCCAAACCCCUCUUACCUCCAACCUCGAUACCCUCGAACGGAGAACUCUUUUCCAAACCCUCCCACCUAGCAUGGCAUCCCCUCACGACCGUCAAAAAACCUGAGCCCUCUCCAGAAAACCUACCUGACCGUCGACCGCCCCAUCCCGAAUGGACCUACAGACCCCUACGUUCCUCGGCGCAAGCACUCAUCGAAAAGCUCCCCGCGUUACCCGAUCUCAACGCUUCCAACGCCUCUACUGCGUUGAUAGGAGCGACCGAUCCGAAUUCGUCUUCCGGUUCGGGUUCUGUCGCUGCGGGUGCGGGGGGUGGACCCGGCGCGGCUCGAGCGGCGAUUUUCGGCGCCAAGAAUGCGAUGCUGCAAAAGGAACGGGAGAAGGAUAUGGGAAAACCCUUAAUCUUGAACGAGGCGGCGCCGAGGUUCCCUACGCUUUUGGAAGAGUCGAGAGCGAAGGGUGAGCAGGGGCAAGGCUCGGUGUUGGUUGUGGGGCAAGGUGGGGGCAAGGUGACGAUUUAUUAUGGUGGGAGCGUAAUGCUGGGCACAGUCGACGUCGGGGAAGGAUUGGAUCAGGUUCAAGUGCAUGGUUCGACGACCCUUCCUUGGGAUGAAACGGAGGCGGGUACUGCUUUGAGGAAUCCACCGCGAGGCACGUUCCGCAUCUCGCUCCUUGUUUCGUCCAACGACCCUGCCGAUCCUACAAGUCGAGAUUGGCGCGAUCGGCAAAUCAAAUUUGAUCUACCGCCGACACUACACCUCCUCAUGACGCAAUCGACCGAACUACAUCGGCAUAUCAGCCAUGCGUUCGAAGCACUUCAGUCCGUCCGUACGUUAUGGGACGAAGCCCGACGCCUUGGCAAAAGUUGGCUAUCGAGGAUCUCGGAAAUGUCCAAAGCGCAUAGCAUAACGACCUCACCGAUCACACAACUCCUCCUUCUUUUGUUGACGGGUCGACCUUCAGCGGCUUUGCACGACUUCCUCGCGAGCAAGAUGAAUGAAAAGUCCCUGUCGAAAUGGCAAGGCUCGAUGGCCCAAGUCUUGCAACGCCUCAAGAGCGUGCCUUACAUGUCCCUACAACCCGCUAUCGAAAGGACCGUCUUACUUUGGGAGGAGGUGGAGAGUUGGGCGAUGUGGAAGGAGAAAUGGGGGGCGUUCGGAUUGGAGUUGGGAGAGGUGAGGAGGUGUCUGAGGUUGGGGACGGGGGUGGUCAAGGCGUGUGCGAGGUUGGAGAGGGUUGUCGUGGAGGAGGAGAGGUGUUUUGAGGCAUUUGGGGCUUGGUUGCAUUAUGGUCUGUUGACGCACUCUUACUUCAUGCAUCUUCGAGCGAGAACGCUGACAAGCAUUCCACUGAGGAAACGCAGAACUGGAAAAAGUCGCGGCACAAGAAGGCUCCGAGAUCGUCCCCAUCGCCAACUUCACACCCCUGCCCGUCGCCUAUUACAUACGCCACUGUCUCCCCGUCGACGUUAAUUCUAUACUUCCCUUCCUCAACUUUGGGCCCUUCUCCGCAUCCUUGGACACGAACGUCGAUUUGAUCCGAUCAAGGAGAUGGAUUGAUCAGCUGGAGGUUGUAGGGAAGAGGGGUAAGACGAGGGAGGAAGGGGAGGAGGAGUUGCGCAGCGUAUCGAAGAGGAUGAAGGAGGAGUUGAAAGGGCAGAUCACGGCGGAACGGGUGGAGGCGAUGGCGGAGGAUGGGGAGGGGACAUUAGGGGGAUGGGAUAAGGAGGGAUUGUUGGGGGCCGAGGGUUUGGAACCUCCUUCCAAACCUGGGGAUGACGCGAUGGGGGACGAUGUCGUACCACCAACGGCUCCUGGAUCGGCGAAUAAGGCGAAAUUAGGAGAAGACGACAUCUCAGUUUCGCUACCCAUCUUAUUACACCUCUUGGCUGAACGAGUAGCGCGGAUGAUGGAUCAGGCGAUCACGGCCGUUGGUGCGCCUCGUGUCCAGGAAAAGCCACUCCUGAAUCCGGAGUCGAGCGGGGUGGAGGUCAUCACGGGCACUUCGAGGGCGGGGGUACUGUAUAGGGAGCAGACGGUCCGGAAUGAUGUUUGGAGAGUGUGGAUCGAUGGGGAGGUCUGUGAGUCCUGAGCGGGUCAAGCUGCCUGCUGGAUCUUCCCCAAAGGCUUGGAGGAGCUAACGCGCGCGGUGACGCUCACCUCUCCAGUCCGAGUCGUCAAGAGCAUCUAUAGCACCCAUACCGAGGCAUUGAACAUACAGCUAGGAGCUUUGGCGCGUUUGGUCGAUGAGCGUGAUCGCCGAUUGCAGGUGAUUGAUCUGGCUUGGUUGGACCUGGAUGAAUUGGUCAUGAUUUGUAGGAUCCACGAGGGGAAAGGUGAGUUGGUUUUAAGGGAGGGAAGUGGAGCUGAAGUGGGUACCUGGGGGAUACUGAUGCUUGGACGCCCUUCUAUUUUGAUUGGUAGUCACCUCACAUUACUUGCUGAGCGUGUGCAUGUCCGCACUCUCGUUCGAGCCCUUGGCGAGCAACCCUUGCCGCGUGAGUUAUGCUUCCUUUUCGGUGUCGCCCGACAGGCGAAAACCCAGCUGCUGAUGCCCAGGCCACUCCCAUCCAGGACUCGCCUACGCAGCGCAUCCCCCUGCAUCGAACUCUGUUGUUUGAGCCACAAUUCCCUCCUGAAGGUUUGUCGAUUCAACCGUACCGAGAGGAGGAGGACGGGUCAACCUGUAGGAGUGGUGCGCCUGUGGCGUGCGUGUUGGCUGGGGACGGGAGAAGGUUGCAAGUGGUGGUCAUCGAGGGGGGGUCGUUGGGGGACUAUGACGAGGAAGGUGAUGAAGAAAUGUUGUAG